ACCGGUGUUGAGGUAAUUUUUUACCUUGAAGAAGAAAAAGUAGAUUUUUGACACUUCGUGAUUUGCGGCCUCUUUAUUUGUUUAACUAAUACAAUCUCUCGAUAAUUAAACAUUAAAGAAUACACUUAACCAAUGUAUUAAAGAUAUUAGAAGUCAUAUAGAUGUCAGAAUGCCGGAUGUGGAGGUUUUCUCACAAGUAAUAGCCACACUGUCGGAGUCAUUAAUUAAGCUAAUUCCUGGAGACAAAGAUGAAUUCCUUAGCAACCAUCUGGGGUCAUUGAAUGUACUUACCCAUCAGCAGCUAGAUGGCAGAGAUCUAAUCUGUCUCACUGGGAAGCUUGAAGACAUAAAUAGAUGUAAACAAGUCUUAGAAUACCAACUUCUGGGCAAUUCAGAUGAAAUAAGCCCAGAAGACUUAGAUGAUAAAAAUUUACCACAAGAUGUUGAGGAUCAUGAAGAAAAACCAGAUGUAGGCUGGGCUAACGCAAAGCAAGAUCCAAAAAAUUUUGAAAAUGUCUCGAAAAAAGAUCAUUUCAAAAAUUCGGAUGUAAUCCAUGAAACAGAAAGCAAAGAUACAACGGUUGUCAUUUCAAAAAGUGGAAGGCAGAUAAAAAUACCACCAAAACUGACAAACUAUGAGGACAUGUUGCUGGAAAUUAAAGAUGAAGAUGUGGACAAUGAAGGGGUUGAGACUGUUGGCUACAGUUUACCCAAAAGAAGAACCAAAAGAAAAGUGGGAAGGCCAAGAAAAGUAAAAGAAACAAAAGUGUUCAAUGUGGUAGGAACGGAUGUACAGGAGGAUGACGAGAGUGUUAAAGCUGAUCAAAUAAAAGAGACAGAUUUUACAGAAACUGUUAGUGGCAAUGUUUAUUUAAAUAAAGGGGAGAAGGCCAAGCCUAGAAUGCAAUAUAUUUAUGAAAAAGCCCUAUUAGGGAAGAAAGGUAUUAAAAAGUAUUAUGAAGACAGACUCCCUUUUAAAUACUUCUGUGAUAUUUGCUCAUUCAAAAGCAAACGAGAAAGUCACUAUUUUAAGCACCUAGAGUUGCAUAGCAAAAAUCCAGAUUUGAAACUGUAUAAAUGCGACAAAUGUGAUUUUUCUGCAAUUCGGGUGAGUGUUCUACAGAGGCACUCUCUUACUCAUGUCUCAGAUGAAGGAAAAAUCUUAAAGUGCACGGAAUGUCAGUACACUACAAACAAUGAAGCUUUGUUGAGAAUGCAUCGUAGAAGACAUAUUUCAAGCAAAACUUCCCAUUCUUGUCAUCUAUGUAGUUUUUCAACAAUUUAUAAAAAGAAAUUACUAAAACAUCUUGAAACCCAUUUGCCUGAAGAAAGAAUGAGUACUGAUGAGGGGAUCAACAAAAAACACCAAACGUACCACUGCAACAAGUGUAUGUAUAAUACGACAAAUAAGUUAAAUUUCCAGCGGCAUCAAAGGGCAGUCCACUUAAAUCAAAGACCACACCUCUGUGAUACCUGUGGAAUGGCAUUUAAAAGAACUGAUGCGUUGCGUAUCCACAAAGAAGUACAUAAGGACAGGUCGGAAAGAAAGUUACCGUUUGUAUGUAAAGUCUGCCAGAAAGCAUUUAAAUCUAUGGCCCAUGUUAAAGAGCACAUGUCUGUGCAUACAACAGUACGUUCGUUUCAAUGCCAUAUAUGCGGACAGAUGUUUAAGACCCGCCAAGUGCAGCAGCGCCACCUACAGGGAGUUCACCUCAAAACAAACUGGCAUGAAUGUUCUCGUUGUAAGCGUAGUUUCAGUUCCAAAUACACUCUGAAACGCCAUCUACGCCAGCAUGAUGAUGAAAAUAAUCUAAACUUGCAAGAAAAUUCAGAAGGGAAAAGAAUGUUAGGUCAAGUUAGCAACUCUGCUGGAGUGAAUGAUGUUGGUGAGCAGCAAGAUUUUACCGAAGGUCAAGGUCAGGAACAGCUGGACGAGAAUGCAACUGCUAUUCAGACAAUUACAAUAUCUUCUGAUAAUCUUGGAGAGUUUACCCAGCAUCUACAAACUGUGUCUGGUCAGUUGCAAUCUACCGGCGAUAUUGGGGAAGUCUAUAUUCAAGGAUUGGAGAAUGUGGGCUCAGACACUAUCAACAUUGUCAGCAUUCAAGGUGAUGAUAUAGGUCAGAUCUUAACCUCUUCAAGUGAGCCUAAUUAUACAGAACAUGUUCCACAACUUUCUACACCAGUUGAAGACUCACAGGGUACAAGCAUAGUGCAAGAUCUGAUUUCUGACAAUGUGAAAAUAUAUCCUAACUUGACAUCUGACCAAGGUCUACAAAUUAUUUCUGACAGUCAGUCCCAAGAUUUACCUGCUGUGAGAACUCAGUAUAACCUGCCUGUUGAAACAUUUAAGCUAGCGUUAGAUCAAUCAAACUCUGGAACAAACACAAAUGAUCAGAUUAUAAAUGAAGCAAAUCCUGACCUGGAAGUGCUUAAUUAUGAAACAGUGGAUAUUCAAUAUAUUGCUGAUCAGGGGCAGGUAACUGAGGGAGAAACUGAAGGACAGUAUGUGCAGUUUGUUGCUCCUAAUGGACAAACAUACCGUAUUAAUGCAAACAUUUUAAGUUUAAAAACAGAGACAAGUAUAUCAAAAUGAUAGGAGAGAUAUAAUAUAUAAUAAGUUAUAACAAAAAAGAAUUGAAUGGAGAGUGAAAACUAACUGUAUUAUUUUUACAUGACCUCCCCUUACCUUAGUUUUGAAAUACAGUCUUUUUGUUUUUGUUUAAAAGUUGUUUUUAAAACUAAAUAUUUGUAACUUUCAUGACUUCCCUGGGAGUUAGUAAGAGAUUAAAUAUGAGCAAGAAAAAUGAGAGAGGGCAGUGGAACCUAGUUCUUUGGAUAUUUGAUGAUGCCCACAGCAGGGGUAUGUGUGGGUAGGGAUGUAUCCGCUGCAGAGUGUCUUAUUAUGAAAUAGUGUAUUCUGCUGCUUCAGUAUUGCAUAACCGUACUGUUAAAAUUGUUUUUGAGAAAAAUUUUAACUGAGGCAAGAUAGGCAGAUACUUCAAAUAGUCACUGCGAUUAUGCUUCAAAGUAUAUGUGUUUCAUUCGUAAAUGGUAUCCAAGAAGUAUAUGGAAUAUUUUUGUCCAAACUUUGUUCUCUUAAAUUAUUUUGUGCUACACUGUGUGGAAUUUUCAGUACCACUUUAUUUUUACAGAGUUUAGCAGUUCCAUUUCAGAUAUUUUAAAGGGCAUUACCCGGCUUUGAAUACACAUUUCUUUGGUUAGGGUUAGGGUUUAUUCCUUCACAUUUUACAGAAACUUGGUACGAAAGUCAGUGACAGGUCUAUUUAUGGAAUGUAACUGGGAAUUUCUGUUUGACUAAUACCCGGAUGGGCUUGCGGAUGAGUUCUGGAUUCCAAUCCCUGGAUGUGUAAAAAAAAGGGUUUUGCAAAUAAUGCAAUCGUAACAGAACCUUUUAUUAACCUUAUUAGAACUGGAAUAAAACUGUAAUAGCUCGUAUUUUGACCACAUUGAUUGUCUUCCGGACUAUUACGGUCUUUUCAGAACUGUUGCAUAUUUAUUAUGGAUAUAUUAUCUGUGGCAAAAUUUUGAGCAUGUUCAAAACUUCGCACCCUUGCCCCUGGAUGCCCCCCGUUUUCUGAACAGAUACACCGGAUGACUUAUGAAUGAGUUAGGAGUUCUACGGAUAUGUUACGGAUGCUAUCCUGAACUCAUCAGUGUGAUUCUAGCUUUACACAAUGACUUACUUCCAUUAAUUUUCUUUUAGGUCAGUGAGUCAAUAGCACCAAAGUUUUAGGUUUCCAUAGUAACUGGAGAAACUUAAAGAAAUGACAUAUUUUGAGCAAUAAGUAAUCAUUUCUUAUUUACAUGCAUACUUUUCAUAUCUUAGUAUGCUUUACAUAUGUAUCGGUGAAAAAAUAUCAGACAAUCAAUGCAAGUAUAAUCUUCACUGCCUUCUCCAAGAAAAAACAUUCUGCUUGCAUUUUAUAAUGUAACACUCUUAUAACAAAACUGUCUGUGUGAUUUUGGUUAAAAACUACAUUUGCUAACUUUUUAGUAUGCCAUGCCAUAAAAAUUAAAAAAAAAAAAAAAUACAGUAGCAGAGAAUUUUGUUAUUUCAAUUGUACUGUAUAUUACUGGUCUAUUUUUGUCAUAGAAUUUUUAAUUAUUUUCUAUAGGUUGAUUCUGGAGUUUGUUUUCAAAUCAGUUAAUGCUCUAGCUGAUAUUAGUCAUCAUAUUGCAAAAUACUUUAGGAACAUUUCUGGUCACUAUUUUGUCAAGUUUAACACCAUCCUCUCAGAUGAUGCAAAACUAUUUUGUGAUUGAGUAAAAUAUGGUGCUGUUGGGUAAAGCUAAACAAUUACCAUACUUUUAUUCUUCCAUAAUAGAUUUAUAAUUCUUGAUAGAUUAUUGAACAGUGAAUAUCAAUCUCUUUGGGCCAUCUCUGAAUACUGAUGGUUCCGUAGGAAAGUUAUAGGAAAAGUAACUGUUGUUUUAAAUGAAUUAAAUAAUAUUUAUCAACAAUAUUCAUGACAUGAAAUAAAGUACAUACUUUGUGUGAUGACACCUUUCAAAACGUA